AUGUCCUACCUUCUCAAGAAGCCCUGCAGUCAGGUAGGCUGUCCCAAACAUGCUAUAGGCACCCUUUUCUACUGCGAAGACUGCGCAAAAGCGUGGUGUCUAGAGCAUUAUCAUGCCAAUUCACCGCAUGUUUGCCGAACACUCAUUAUGGCAAGCUUCCAACCGGGCGGGGAAAAGGCUGUUCAGAUAAGGAAAAAGAUUGGCUUAGAAACGUCAGGUGACAAGCAUGCAUACCAGCGCACUGUUGAAGCCAUCGACUCACACAAGAUCACUCAGCAAGCAUCUCUCAUUCGUCCUGGGCACACUUGCUCUCUCGUCACUCCAUCUAUGCCAGAUGGAGACUAUCCUAGGGCUUCAGCAGAGUACAAAAUCGGCUGGGUGAACAUUCACCUUCCUCUCAUAUUCGAUGACGGAGUCAAGUGGAUCGUCCGCAUUCCUAGAAGGCACGACGGGGACGCUCCAGCCAACCUGCACAACUUGAUAGCUUCCAGUGAAGUUGCGACUCUUCGGGUUUUGCAUCAGAAUCGUGCCAAGGUCCCCAACGCAUGGAUGCCGGUGGAAGGAAAUCCUGACGAGGCUGCAAACGGAAGAUACUUCUUUGAGGAGUUCGUCGAAGGCGUACCCUACAUUGACGGCGAUUACAUGAACACGCUUCAUACAGACCGGGAUCGGUUUGCCGCCAGUCUUCUCGAAUUUGCGCAGCACUACAUUGCCAUUGCAGACAUCAAACUCGAAGUCAAAGGUAUCGGAUCGCUCUACCCGUCUGACAACUCCUGUGGCUACACCUUGGGCCCUAUCACAAGCAUGGGCACUUUCAUGCGGCCCGAGCCUCCCUACUUUUUGGGCCCUUUCAAAACGCUGAGGGACCGCUAUAUCGCGCAUAUUGAACAAGUUCUGUUCCACAUCAGAAAGUUGUCCUUCUUCAACAUUGCCCCAAUACGGAGCUAUGUGUGGUUAUUGGAGCUGCAAGACAUGAUCAAAGAGUGUGAGGUCCUCGGUCGUGAGGAGGAUGACUUCUAUAUUCGCCACGCGGAUGACUGGUUUCGACAAACCAUGAGGGAUAGCGAGGGCCAUCUCACAGGAUGCUUGGACUGGGAAUGGGCUUAUACUACAACCAAAACCGAAGCUUUCUCUUCCCCUCUUAAUCUCCAUAUCGCCCAUCCUUGGACUGAAGGCGACAAUGCGCUCAGUCCUGACGAGCUCUUGAUGAUCGAUUGUUUCAUCAAGCUCGGUCGACCGGACCUCGGAGAUUGUAUUCGUCAGGGAAGACUUUACCUUCGUCUCGAAGAAGCCUUGCGUAUCGAUUGGGAAUUGUUCUAUAUGAACCGACGCGGGAACUUCAAUGGAGUUCUUGCAGCCUUCAGAGAUCAAGGACAGCAAGUCCCCGGUCCCUUCGAAAGCGAAGAGGAGCUUAAAGUCUGGCUCGAAAGCUUGGAGAAGAAACGUCAAGAGAAUGGAGAGUUGGAUGAGGUAAGAGCUGCCUGGAAGGCGUAUAGUGAUGUGAAGCAAGAGGCCGACAGGAGAGAUGAGGAGACCUGGGAGGACGUGGUUGCAGAGCAGUACAAAAAGCUUGGCUUGGAGGAAGUUGAUAGUGCCGAAAAGUAA